GCAAGAGGGCGGCUUUUUCCUUUCUUCCUUUGGCUUUUAAAAAAGCAAAAAUCAGACCAAUUAUUCAUUUUAUCUUUACCUUCUGCAUUCAGACAUACAAAGUUUCUCUCUCUACAUUCAACAACUGCUGCUGCAAUUGAAUACAUGGUGUUGUUGGUUUCAACCUUAUAAGAGCCAAACAUCUCACCCCAGUUUCUUGUCUUGCAUGAUCUGAAAAUUCAACUAUGACGAUGUUAAGCCGUGACUUUAGUUAUACAAUGCAAAAGGAUAUGGUAUCGCCCGUGUCAGCUGAUGUGUUUUUUGCCUCAAGUCGUUUUCCAAAUUACAAAAUCGGGGCUAACAAUCAGAUUGUGGAGGUCAAAGAGGACUCAAGAACGUCAUCUAUGAAAGAUAUGGUUGCGCGAGAAACUGCCUUGUUGCUGGAGCAGCAGAAACGACUUUCUGUCCGCGAUCUUGCUAGCAAAUUCGAGAAGGGUUUGGCCGCUGCUGCUAAGCUAUCUGACGAGGCAAGACUCAAAGAGGCGGCUUCAUUGGAGAAACAUGUACUUCUAAAGAAACUCAGAGAUGCACUUGAAGCUCUUAAAGGGCGUGUAGCAGGCAAAAACAAAGAUGAUGUAGAAGAAGCAAUAGCUAUGGUUGAAGCUUUAGCGGUUCAAUUGACUCAGAGGGAAGGAGAGCUAAUUCAAGAGAAGGCUGAAGUAAAAAAACUUGCAACUUUUCUAAAACAGGCUUCUGAAGAUGCUAAAAAACUUGUUGAUGAAGAAAGAGCUUUUGCACGGGCUGAAAUUGAGAAUGCGAGAGCAGCAGUACAGAGAGUGGAAGAGGCUCUUCAGGAACAUGAACAAAUGUCACGAGCUUCAGGAAAGCAGGACGUGGACGAAUUGAUGAAGGAGGUUCAAGAGGCUAGGCGAAUCAAAAUGCUGCAUCAGCCUAGUAGGGUUAUGGACAUGGAACAUGAGCUUCAAGCACUAAGGAUUCAACUUGCUGAAAAGUCGAAGCAUUCACUGCAGCUCCAGAAGGAGCUGGCACUAAGCAAGAAGGGUGAUAAAGAUGCACCCCAUUUGUAUGAUAUAGAUGGUACUCUGGCAUUGGGUUCAUAUUUGCUGAUAUAUCCCUGUUCUGAUAGUGCUCCAGAACUUUCCGAAUGUGCAUUUCAAUGGUAUCGUUCAACAUCUGAGGGUGGCAAGAAGGAGCCUAUAUCAGGGGCCACCAAAUCUGUGUAUGCUCCUGAGCCUUUUGAUGUUGGACAAAUACUGCAAGCUGAUAUUUUGAUUGCUGAUCACACAAUUACUCUAACAACCUCAGCACCUAUUGAUCCAGCACCAGGGUUGGGGAACUACGUAGAAGCAUUGGUUCGAAGACAUGAGACUGAAUUCAAUGUAGUAAUUAUCCAGAUGAAUGGAGUAGAUCAUCCGUCACAGUCUAUCCAUGUACUGCAUGUAGGAAAGAUGAGAAUAAAACUUUGCAAAGGGAAAACAACAAUGGCAAAGGAGUACUACUCCAAUUCAAUGCAGCUCUGUGGAGUUAGAGGUGGUGGGAAUGCUGCAGCCCAGGCAGUAUAUUGGCAGGCAAAAGUCGGGCUUUCCUUUGUAUUGGCAUUUGAAUCAGAACGAGAAAGAAAUGCAGCUAUCAUGUUGGCAAGAAGAUUCGCGUUUGACUGUAAUAUUACGCUUGGUGGGCCAGACGACAGAUCUUCUUCAGGAAGUUGAUACACCAACCUAACACAUAUAUACACCAGAAACUGUAAUCAUAACCAUUUCUUAGUUCAUCUUGCAUGAGUGGAAGUCUUUCCAGUGAACAUGGGAUUCCAUGUUUUCUGCUUGUAGCGGACUCUUUUAGCUUUCUUCUUUCUUCUUCUUGUUCUUGUGGUCAGUUGCUAGGCCUUUUUUUCAGUUGCCUUGAUCUGAUUCUUUUGCCUUUGCAUUAUUCUUUCCUUUUAAGUUCUGAUUGUAAUGCUGAUCUUGGAAGAGAGAGAGUUGUGGUUGUGACUGGUCUUUGCAAGUGUAUAUCAUUUAUAUAUGUUAAUGCUUAACACACUCCAAGUUUGGGGAUUUGCUUUGUGGUGAA